UUCGUCGGCUUCCAUCGCCUCUGCGACUCGAGCAGUGGGGGAAGAAGGGAAGCAGCCGUCGUCUCUUCCCGGGACCGGACGCACGCAGCGCGCAGCGGGGUAGGAGGCGAGGUCGAUCGCGAGGAGGAGAGAGGGGGCGAAGAGAAGAGCGGGACGAGGGGGAAGAUGAGUGAGGAGAGGCCGGUGCCGCGGAGGGAGAGCCCGUGGGGUUUGCCGGAGGGCGACACGCGGCAGCCCAAGGCGCAUCGCUGCAACGACCGCGCCGAGGACGUCGUCCAGGCUGUCUUUGAAGGGAAUCCAUUUAAGACAGUUCCAGGUCCAUUCAAGCUCUUCUUGCAAUGCAUGCGAUCGAAACCUGGGGAGGAACCAACCGAGCCCUAUACUUACCUGCAGUUGGAUCCUCCGAGAAGAGUGGAAGUCAAUGUGGAGCAAACGGCAUCUGAAUCUUGAAGAAGCGUGUGCCUAGUUUAUCUCAUAGAUAUUUCCCUUCACCUUUCAAGCAGCAUUUUCCUCCUUGGGAUCAUACCAUACGAGCAAAAAGCAGCUUUCUAUUUGGAUGUGUUUUACAAUCUAAUAAAAUCUGAUCUCCAGAGCUGCCUUUCCAGGCGGCGAACUCCUUGAAAUCGCUGUUUGUUAUGUAAGAACGGUGCUUUCUGGUAUACUGAAAUGUGACGUGUAGCACUUCAAGUCACAGUUGCCUUCGGCAUUCAGAGUAGAAGGCAUUGCUCAGUUCUCAUGUUCUCA